AUGGGGAGAUCUCCUUGUUGUGAUGAAAGUGGCCUCAAGAAAGGACCCUGGACUCCAGAAGAGGAUCAAAAGCUUGUGCAGUACAUUGAAGAACAUGGCCAUGGAAGUUGGAGAGCUCUUCCAAAGCUUGCAGGUCUCAAUAGAUGUGGCAAGAGUUGUAGGUUAAGAUGGACAAAUUACUUGAGACCUGAUAUCAAAAGAGGCAAAUUUACUGAAGAAGAGGAGCAAACAAUUCUACAUCUCCAUUCUAUCCUUGGAAACAAAUGGUCAGCAAUUGCAACACACCUAGAUGGCCGAACUGACAAUGAAAUCAAGAAUUUCUGGAACACCCAUUUGAAGAAAAAGCUGAUCCAAAUGGGUUUUGAUCCAAUGACCCAUCAACCAAGAACCGAUCUCUUUUCCGGUUUGUCUCAGCUUCUGGCCCUGGCAAACCUGCAGGACCUCAUGCAGCAAUAUCAGCCGUUAGAUAUUGAUCAACAUGCUGCAACAUUACAAGCAGAUCAAGCUGCUCAGUUGGCCAAGCUUCAAUACAUGCAGCAUUUGCUCCAAUCUGUAGCCUAUAUAAGCAGUGGUGAGAAUUAUAGCCAGAACAGAAAUACAGCUGAUACAGACAUGGAGGCUUUCAAUUUGUUGAACUCACUUGUUCCUUCUAUCAAAGAAAACCCAAUUUUAAAUUCAUCCCAGCUUGAAAAUCCAAGCUCAUUUUCUCUUGGAUAUGGUGGAACUUCUCAACCACCCCACCAUCAAAGCCUACUGCCUCAUGACCCACAAGUCCCUUUCAGUUCUCUACCAUCUUUGAAUAGUAAUCAUGAAAUGGGCUCCAACUAUACAAUGGUCAGCCAAGAAGAUAACCCACCUCAUGAUCAUGAUGACUCUCCAUGGUUUGAUAAUCUUAUGUCUCCUGCUCCUAAUUCUAUUCCUCCAACUAUGACCGGGAUGUCGAUUAGCAACCAGGGAGGAGAUGUCUGCUGCAGCACUUCAAGCUAUGGAGGUAGAAGUAGUGGUUCUUCUUCCUACUGGCCUGAACUCUUUCUUGAGGACGCCAAUUAUGCUUGAGGGAUUCUUAGUUAAUUAUUAUCACAGAUUGAGAAAGAUUUGGGGGUUGCUGCCUUUGUCUUUGAUCAUUAUUAAUUCUUACUUAUUCCAUGCAUUUGCAUGUGUA